GUAAAGCAGAAUAUUGCUGCUCCUUCAACCUCAGUCUGGACGUGAUGAGGACACGCCGAUUAUCAGUGGUAAAGUACCGUUAUUAGCUAACUAGCUAGCUACUCAUGAUAAGCGGUCAAUAUCACAGAGAUAGAGUUUUAACAUUUAUGAGCUGUGAAAUUUAAAACGUUAACGCCUGCUAGCUACUUGAAUAGCGGUCCUCCGAAAUCCAAUGGCGACCGAAUGCACCCAAGAAGCGGUAUUACAGUUUCUAACGGAGAGAGGAGGGAGGGUGAAGAACGUGGAAUUAAUUGACCAUUUCAAAUUAAUUUUGCCGAGCGAUCCUGGGAAAAAGGCGCUGGUUAAAGAGAAGUUCAAAGGGUACGUAGACAAUGUGGCCUUUGUGAAACUGGAAAAUGGGGUGAAAUUCGUAUGCUUGAAGAAGAAAUACAGGGGUUCUGUAAGGCGCAUUGGUGAGAAAGGGGAUGGAGAAUGCAAUGGCAACGGAAUCACUGCGGGGAAUACUUCUUUUCUGGAGCAGAGUGAAGGCGCUAUUAUCAACAAUGCACUGAAUGAUAAAAAUAAUUGCUUCGGAGAUCCAUUGCGGUCAACAAACGUACAUGAAGAAAAUUCCAAUUAUCGCACCACAGGCUUAACUAUGUCGACAUCCUUUGAUGGAGACGAGCGCCGUAUGGAGACUGUUGCAAGCGAUGAUGCAAAACAAGAAAUAUUACCUGGGUCAGGUUACAGAACUGACAAACGGAAAGGAGUGGAAGCGCCGUCCGACACUUGUGCAAGUAUUUUGGAAGGUACAAGUUCGGUAUCGACUAAAAAAUCUGCAGUUCCCAUAGUCUGUGUUUCUCGUGAGAAUAGUUUGGAAAUGGGAAAUACAAACAGCUGCAGCUCCGUGAAGGCGUCCACGGGUGAGAAUGAAAAAACAAAUACGCCCGAAAUUUGUAUACCGCAGAUUGCAGUGAUUGAGGCGUCUCCUUUGCCCACGGAGGCCGACGGGACAGUGUUCAACCUUCCUGGGGAAGGAGCUUUCAAGGAGCAGCAUAGCAAGACGUCUAAACAGAUCAAUCCAUCCUCGAAUCAAACGAGUUUUAAAAGUGAACUUCAGCACGGAACACCUACGGAGGGAGUGGCAAUCGAAUCCAAGCCUAAAGCGAGCGAAGAUGAUAUUGAGGGCGCACUUGCCAAAGGCGCACCGCUGGCACAGCUCAUAAAUAGGCGACGAGUCUCCAGAGGGUCGCAGCGCAGCUUGCUGUCCAGUAAUCCGUCAGAGGACGGGGCAGACGAAGGGCAGUUGGACUCCGCCAGCAUAUCGGGCAGUGACAGUAACACGCCGAAAAGCAGUCGGAAAAAUUUUAUCGAGCUGAUGAUGAAUAGCUCGCCCCAGGUCCGGCGAAGCAUGGUGCAUAGAAACUCUACUUACCUGUCGGCCAGGCACAGAGAUAGAGAUUCCGUAAAGAGCGACAGCGACUCGGCCUCCCUCGUCUCUUCUACCACGGACGAAGACGGCGGAUCAGUCACGCUGGACCCUCUCGAGCACGAGUGGAUGAUGUGUGCUUCUGACGGGCAGUGGGAAAGCCUCCACCGGUUACUUACGUGCGAACCGAACCUAGUCAUGAAAAAGGAUUUCGUCACCGGUUUCACCUGCUUGCACUGGGCAGCUAAGCAGGGCAAGCAAGAGCUGUUAGCCCUCUUGGUCAACUUUGCCAAGCAGCACGCCGUGCCAGUCAACAUAAAUGCCCGCUCCAGUGCUGGCUACACCCCCUUACACCUGGCUGCCAUGCACAAUCACAUCGAGGUGGUGAAGCUGCUGGUGGGCGCUUACGAUGCAGACGUGGAGGCCAGAGACUAUAGCGGGAAGAAAGCUGCUCAGUACCUGACUAACAGUGUGGCCGAAGAUAUACGGGACAUUGUCGGGGCGGAGGCCGACCCUUACGCUGCAAAUCUGGAAAGUGGAGCCGGGCGUUGGAGGUUGUCAAAAGUCCUUCCCUCCAAUCUGAUGCCACUGAAACUGUUGAAUCACCCGGAGGAGGAUGCCUGUGAUGGUGGUGGUUUAGUGAAAUCUAUGUCCGUCUACAGAAAGUCUUCCAUGAGCAAAAUGAAACCGAGGCUGCAUAAAAUCCGAUUCAGGACACAGAUCAUUCACAGCACUUCAUUCAGAGAGACAGAGGAGGGGGACAGACCUUUGAAGAGUCCUGUAAAAUCAAGACCAAUUUCAAACCUUUUCGGAUGAGACUGUGAAAUAGGUGCAAAUCCAGGAAAAACCACACAGUAAUAUAAGUUAUGUUUUUUUUGCAAAGAUGGUGAUAAGGUGAACAAAAACGCCAUAUGUCUUUGUCUUUACUGAUAUACUUACUGUGUUAAUAUCAGGGCUAUAAGCAGCUAGUCCAUUAAAGGAACUUUAAUUUGGAAAGCAAGUAUAAAUUCAGUAUAAUCUGUUUUGUGAAUAUAGUGUAAUGUGCAAAUUGAUGUUUUAUUGUAGUAAAUUGCACAUUGGUAUGGAAUCAAACAGAACUGUUCUC